UCCUCCCUCCAGUCGUCUCCCGCCACCGCGUUGCCCAGCACCUUCUUAACCAACACCAAGCCAAGUAGGCAACCCAGAGUCGAGUCUUCGGGCACCCGAGUUUGCGGAUGGGUUGCCUGCGGCGCCGGCCGGAGCCGGCGGCCAUCGACAUCUCGUGGGUGUCGUGCCGGGGCGUCAGGUCGUCGCUCCCGUUCCACACGCCGUGCCUCUAUGCCUCCGUCUGCGUGACGCCGUCGUCCGCGGGCAAGAACGUCCGCCGCCGCCGCGUCAAGACCCCCACCGACCGCGCCGGCGGCGAGAACCCCGAGUGGGACGAGCGCCUGCGCCUUCCCCUUCCCGACGACGCCUCGCCGGCGUCAGAGCAGGAAGCCGCGGGGAAAAAGAAGGACGGGCACGUUGACCACGACGGCGGUGUCCUUCUCGUUCGGUUCGAGCUCAAGGCCGAGGUGGCCGUCCUCGGCGACGUGCUCGCCGCGUCGGCCGUCGUGCCGCUCUCCGACCUCGUUGCCGACGGCAGGACGCGCCGCGUGUCCUACCAGCUGGCCGCGUCCGAGGACCGCAGGCAGCCCAACGGCGUCAUCUCCUUCUCGUACGCCUUCCACCACGGAAGCACCGUCGACGACGACCAGGAGGACCGCAGCAGCGACGGCGAGCCCGUAUCGCCCGCUAGCCCGGCCCCUCCCCCGCCGCUGCCUCAGUCGACGGGGUCAUCCUCCGGGAUGUACCCCAUGAUAGACUGGGGGCCACUGGACACGGUCACGUGCUCAAGCUACUACGCUCCUCCAGCUUCGUCGGACACUCAGGCGGAGCCGAUUGCGGUCUACCCACCGUUGUCGGAGACGUCGAGCCGUGGAAUUUACCCGACGGUGGGGGAGUCGGAUAGCAGUUUGUACCCCACAGUAGACUUUGCUCCGGUGACCUGUUACCCGCCGAUGACGGCGCCGUACUACUACGGUGGUGAUUUCGGGUGUCCGGCAGCUCCUGCAUGGGACGGGCGAUGUUUGUACGGUUGAAACCUCGGUUUCCACCCUGAUUUUCCGGCGUUUCGUUGGACGGUGUGCCGGCGGCUUGUACUUUUUUCCGUAAAAUUCACGUGGUGAUGCCGCCAUACUAGUGGUGCCGGGAUUGUGCUGUGUGUUAUUGGUGGUAUUCGAUACGUUCGAGCCGGUCAAAUUCGUAUGUAUAUUUGUGAAAUUUGUGUACGUUGUCACAUGUGCUUGAUAAAUUAAGGGCACCUUUGAUUUGAAGGUUACUUUAUAGGAAUUUUUCAUAUGUUGGUGGUUUUA